AUGGCAAGGGAAUCUUUUAUGAUUUUGAUCAUAAAUUAUUUUAAUUCUUUUUUCAGUUCAAACAAUUCAAAUUUAACCAAACAACAACAAAAUAAAUACUCUUCUUCUUCAAUUUUACAUCCAAAAGUUUUAACAAAAUAUUUAUUUCUCAAAGAUGUUCUUCGAUUUCAUUGCCCAACAGACAAACAUUUAGCCAUUCAUUUAGUCCCAGCAGAAUCAGCAAUUCUUUGUCAUUUACCAGAACAACAAAAUGGAUUGGCUCCAAUCGGUUUUUGUGGUCCAAAUUCGGGAAGUGAUCCUCGACUAAUUAUUAGAAGAUAUAGUCCUUUACCUGGAAAGCCUAGUUUUCGUGAAGGAAAUGCUUAUUUUUUUAUUUCUACAUCCAAUGGUUCUCCUAACGGUACAUCUCAAACAAGUGGUGGGUUAUGCCGAAUUGAAGGUCUCAGACUGCGCGUAAUUAUCCUCCCUUCGCCUUCAAAUAAUGCUCCUUUAAUUAGGCCAGUCGAUGAAUGGACAGAUUUGGCACAUCUUUUAAUGCCAAUAAUUAUUCCAACUUCCUUUCCUUCAUCAGAAACUUUGACAACAACAACAACUACAAUCUCUCCUCCAAAAGCUUCAGCUCUUUCUUCAAACAUCAAUCCUGUUUUCCCUGCAAUUUUGUCACUUGAACAGGGAGGGCAAAGGCAUAAAGUAUUAGUUCAUUCACAGCAGGAAUUGACAGAACAACUUAAUGCUGUAUCAACAAAUGGUGGUCCAAAAGUUAAAAAUGAAGAAGAAAGGGAUGUUGACGAUGAUAGUGAUGAAAAUGGAGGACAAAGAAAGGGUAUGGGGUUUGGAGAAGAAAAUCGAAAGAAUAAUCAGAAACAAGAUUCUUCCCUCUAUGAAUUAAUGGAUGAAAGGACAAAUAAAUGGCCAAAUUCAGUCAAUCGUUUAUCCCAAAUUGAAAAUUUUGAAGAAAGCAAAGAAGAAGAGAAAGAAGAGAGGCAUUUAAGAAGACGACGUCCAGUACCAAAAACAGCUCGUUCACCUGAUCCUUUGGUUGAAUCACAAAAAUUAGUUUAUAUUAUAGGGUAUGAUGGACAUGGAAGUAGUGGGGGGACAAGUAGUAAUAAUUCAUUUAUGAAUAGAAAUAUUAAUAGAAAUAUUUUGUUAUUUAUGUUAAUAAUUACUAUUUUGUUAUGUUUCUUAUCUAUUUCUUUAUUUUAA